GCCUGGACCUGCUGAACAGGCCGUGGGUGUGGUUCUGGGGACAGAAAGUCAGGGUGUGCAGAGUGUUGAGGGGCCCACCCAAGUUCUGGAAGGGUCAAACCAGGUGAUGGCCAUGAAGAGGUACGGAGGCUCCUGCUUAAGUACCGAACGCCCAAAGCCACGGACGGCAGUGGGGCCUAGGAUAGACAGAAGCCUGGACUAGAGGAUGUGACUCAGAUGGAGAGGCUGGAGAAGCAGCUGUGAUCAGACUCGGGACCUGGAACGCCAAGCUCAGUUCAGGCCUUAUCCUCAGGCCAGGGUGGAGGGACAAGGUCAAAUCUGGGCUUUCAGGUACUCAGUAGAAUGGCAGGGGGAGACAAAAUGAACCUAUAUUUUAGGUGAGACAUGUCUAUGGCUUGACGGGGGUGGUUUGAGGGUAGAAGGGGGCAGAUAGUGUUGGGCCAUUUUUGAAGCUAGACCAGGAUCUGUGGGGUCACUGAGGCAGAGGCCACGUGGUCAGCUCGGACUGGCUGGCCAGCAACCAUGAGUGGCCCAGGCCUAAAACAAAGGUCUGGCUUUGUUUCAAAUCUGGCACCUCCAUGGCCCCAACCCUUCCCUCAGUUGCCUAGGCCUCCGAUCUGUGACAAAUGCACAAGGAAGGUGCCCAGCCGCAGGGUGAGGGGUGCUCUGCCUCGGUUUCUUGUGGACCUGGCCCUGUCUGCUGGGCUCUAACCCCUUCCCUGGGGCCCAUUCAGUCCCUACCCUGAGGUCAGGAGCCUAUAGGCAGCAGAGAGGAGCCAACCACCCAGGGUAGUUCUGGAAGACCUUGAGUCGAGGUGCACGGCACCGGGGACACGGCACCUAUGAUGUGUCCCUUAACCCCUCCGGCCUUCUGCAGUCUGGUCCCUGCCCCACCCCCGGCCCCUGGGAAAGAAAUGUGCCUUUGGGGCUCAGCUGGUUUGGGGGAGCUGCAGAUGAGGUCAGCAGGUAGGGAAGGAGGGCUGGGUGGGAGAAAGAGCCCCAGACCACCACCCACUCUGUGCUUACAGGGUAGAACAGACCGGGGCUAGGCUAGGAUGUACUCAACUCUCUCCCGGGAGUAGAGACCAGUAGAGCCAAGCAGGGAGGCCAGGACACAGGGAAGGGGGGCCAGGGCAAAGGUAUGACCGAGUCCUCCACAUCGAUGGUGUUCCCUAGGCCUGAGGCUUGGACUGGGGUCAGGGAGCUGUGGGUGCCUUGAACGAAGGGUUCUAUAGCAGCAGGUGUGGGAACUCCAAGAUGGAACCUCAUGCCAGAAAAAACGAGUCUCUGGUCCACAGGCCCCACCCUGGGCAGUGUGGCCCUGCCCCUUUGCACUCCAGGCCCCGCCCCCGGUGCUGGGCCAGGUCCCUCACUGCUUCUCUUGAAGGGCCCUGGGUGCCCCGGUGGGGCUGGCCCCCCCACAUCCCUGCGGUCUGCCGGGAGGAAGCAGCCCUCCUCCCCCACCGUGACUCUGCGCUUCCUGCCCCGGCGGGGCGGGAGGGGACGUUUCCCGUUCACACCAAAGUUUCCCUGGCGGCGGGGGCCCAAACUUGGGCUCAGCCGCUGCCCCUCUUGCCCAUGGAACCAGCUUUGGGGCCUGGGGUCCAGAAGGACCUGGGCUACCUGCAGCAGUGGCUGAAGACCUUCGUGGGUGCCUUCGAGAACAGCAUCUCGCUGUCCUCUCUGGAGCCAUGCAGGCCGGAGGAGGCGGGUGCCGAGGUACCGCUGCUGCCCCUGGACGCGCUGCAUGUCCUGGCCGAGCAGCUGGACGCGGGGGACCCGGAGCAAGCCCUGCUGCUGCUCAGGCUCUUCAUCGUCCUCUGCAGGAACCUGGAGAAUGUAGAGGCCGGUUGGGGCCAGGUGCUACUGCCCCGGGUGCUGGCCUUGCUGACCCGGUUGAUGGCAGAGCUGAAAGGAACCCCAGCAUCACAGGAGGGCCGUGGGCUGCUGCUGGAGAACGUGGCCCUGCACGCCCUGCUUCUCUGUGAGGGCCUCUUUGACCCCUACCAGACCUGGCGGCGCCAGCACAGUGGGGAAGUCAUCAGUUCCAAGGAGAAGAGCAAAUACAAGUUCCCUCCAGCGGCUUUGCCCUGUGAAUUCAGCGCCUUUUUCCGAGAGAGCCUGCAGGGGGCAGAUGGCUUGCCCCCCAUGCUGCUGCUUCGCCUCGUCCACCUGUUCGGGGCUAUCCUCGCGGGAGGGAAGGUAAGCCCGGAGGAGCCUGCGAACCAGAGGGCGGCCACCUCAGGGGCUCUGCUGCUCAAGCCCUUUGACCAUUGCCGUCUCUGCCCACACCUGCAGGAGAACGGGCAGAUGGCCGUGAGCGCUGGCUCCGUGCAGGGCCUGUUGGGUGUGGUACGGGGCUGGGACCAUGGGCCGGCGCAGGACCCCCGCCUGGUGCCCCUGGCUCUGGAGGCGCUCGUGGGGGCCGUACAUGUCUUGCAUGCCAGCCGCACGCCCCCCCGUGGGCCAGAGCUCCGCACCCUGCUUGAGGGCUACUUCCGCAUCCUUAAUGCCGACUGGCCAGCGGGCCCAAGCCCAGGCCCCGAAGAGGCCCUUGUCGCCCUACGGGUCAGCAUGCUCGACGCCAUCCCCCGGAUGCUGGCGUGCGAGGACCGGCCAGUGCUGCAGGCCACCUUCCUGAGCAACAAUUGCUUCGAACACCUUACUCGCCUCAUCCAGAACAGCAAGCUGUACCUGCAGGCCCGGGCGCCCCCUGAGGGGGACAGUGACCUGGCUACCCGGUUACUGACCGAGCCCGAUGUCCAGAAGGUUCUGGACCAGGACACAGACGCCAUCGUAGUACACGUGGUCCGAGUGCUGACCUCCAUUAUGAGCGGCUCCCCCUCAGCCAAGGAGGUGUUUAAGGAGCGCAUUGGCUACCCACACCUGCUCGAGGUUCUGCAGAGCCAUGGCCCCCCUACCCGCAGGCUGCUGCAGGAGCUCCUCAACAUGGCUGUGGAAGGUGACCACAGUGGAUGUCCGCCGCCACCGAUUGUCAAUGAGCAGCCCGUGCUUCUGCUGAUGCAGUGGCUGCCCGCCCUGCCCACGGCGGAGCUGCGGCUCUUCCUCGCGCAGCACCUCCGCUGGCUCUGUGACAGCUGCCCUGCCAGCCGGGGCACGUGUGUGCAGGCCGGUCUGGUGGGCCACCUGCUGGAGACCCUCACCGCCGGGGUCGCCUUGGGGGCCCACUGCCAAGAGCAGCUUCUGGCGUUGCUGCAAGCCUUGGGCCGAGUGUCCCUGAGGCCCUUGGAGCUGCGCCGUCUGCUGCGCCCGCCACCAGCGCUGGACUUGGAGCCCAGCGGGACAGAGGCUGGGAAGGCCAGACACGCGGGGGCCAUCAUCCGUGCAUUGUCAGGCAUGGCCCGGCGCCAGGGCCCCGCGAGAGCCCUGCACUACUUUGAUCUUACGCCCAGCAUGGCGGGGAUUAUGGUGCCCCCCGUGCAGCGCUGGCCGGGACCCGGCUUCACCUUCCAUGCCUGGAUCUGUCUGCACCCCGCAGCUGCGGCCCCUGCCCCAGCACCCUCCCGGCCACUCCAGCGAAAGCAGCUCUAUAGCUUCUUCACCAGCAGCGGCUCAGGGUUCGAGGCCUUCUUCACGGCGGCUGGGACACUGGUGGUGGCCGUGUGCACCCGGAAGGAGUACUUGACCAUGAGCUUGCCUGAAGUGUCCUUUGCUGACUCCACCUGGCACUGCGUGGCCAUUGUCCAUGUGCCUGGGCGCCGGCCCUUCAGCCAGAACCUGGUCCAUGUCUACAAAGACGGCCAGCUGGUCCAGACGGCAGCCCUUCGCUGCCCCUCCCUCAGUGAGCCUUUCUCCUCCUGCUGUAUUGGCUCCGCUGGGCACCGCACGACGACCACCACCACGGGGCUGCCUACGCCACCAGUCCCCACGGCCCUGGCGCCCCCUCACCCCUCCCUCUCCCGCUCACAGUCGGUCCCGGCCACUGCAGGGCUUGGCUGGGGGUCCGGGCUGGUGACCCCCUUGCAGGAGGGCAGCAUCAGCUCCACCCUUGCAGGCACACAGGACACCCGGUGGGGCAGCCCUACGUCCCUGGAGGGUGAGCUGGGGGCCGUGGCCAUCUUCCAUGAAGCCCUGCCCAUGUCGGCCCUGCGGGCCCUGUUCACCUUAGGGCCCAAGGAGAUGGCACCCUUCAAGCCCGAGGGUGAGCUGCACGAGCUUAGCACCAAGCUGCUCCUCCAUUACUCACCUCAGGCCUGUAGGAACAACAUCUGCCUGGACCUGUCCCCUGGCCAUGGGCUGGAUGGCCGCCUGACGGGCCACAGGGUGGAGACCUGGGAUGUGAAGGAUGUGGUGACUUGUGUGGGAGGCAUGGCUGCCCUGCUGCCCCUGCUGGAGCGAGUGGCCUCCCAGCCCCAGGAGGCCGAGGCAGGUCCAGCUGAGACACAUGACCUCGUGGGGCCUGAGCUGACCUCCGCCCACAAUACCCAGGGCCUGCUUCUCCCACUGGGCAAGUCCUCAGAGGUGCGCAUGGAGAGGAAUGCCGUGGCCGCCUUCCUGCUGAUGCUGCGGAAUUUCCUGCAGGGCCAUGUGGGGAACCAGGAGAGCCUGGUGCAGUGCCAGGGGCCGGCCAUCAUUGGAGCCCUCCUGCGCAAGGUCCCCAGCUGGGCCAUGGACAUGAACGUGCUCAUGUCUGCGCAGCUGCUGAUGGAGCAGGUGGCUGCAGAGGGCGGUGGGCCCCUCCUCUACCUGCUCUACCAGCACGUGCUCUUCCACUUCCACCUCUGGAGCCCCAGUGACUUUGCUGUGCGCCUCGGCCACAUCCAGUACAUGUCCAGCAUCGUCCGGGAGCACAGACAGAAGCUACGGAAGAAGUACGGGGUCCAGUUCAUCUUGGACGCGUUGCGCACCCAUUACAGCCCGCCGCGGGAGCUCCCCCUAGUGGCCGACGACGUGCGCACAGUGCAGACUUUGCUCCUGGGCCUGGUGCGGGAGUUCCUGGUUCGGAGCUCAGCGGCGGAGGACAUGCAGGUGGUGCUUAGCUUUCUGGUGGCCUCCACUGAUGAUGGUCAGGUGGUGGGAGCCCUGGACCUGUUCCUGGCGCUGCUGCAGGGCUCGCCGGCGCAGGAGUCUCUGGCCGUCUUCCUCGUGGAGCCAGGGAAUCUUGAGGUGCUGCUGGCUCUGCUGGUCCGGCCGAGGUCACUGCCCCUGGUGCCUGACCGGGUCUGCAAGAUCCUGCGAAAACUGCAGCAGAACGAGCGCUUACCUGAGCGGAGCCGCCAGCGCCUCCGGCUACGAGAGUACGGUCUGCAGGGACUCGUCGCCUGCCUGCCGGAGGGGGCUGCUUCCCCCCAGCUCUGCCAGGGCCUCUACAGGCUAUUCCUGGGGGCAGAUUGCCUGAAUCUCUCAGAUCUGUUGGCUGUGGUACAGCUGUCCCUCCAGGCUGACCUCAGCGUCCGCCUGGACAUUUGUCGUCAGCUCUUCCACCUCAUCUACGGACAGCCAGACAUAGUGCGGCUGCUGGCCCGACAGGCUGGCUGGCAGGACGUGUUGACCCGGCUAUACGUCCUGGAGGCGGCCACAGCUGGCAGUCCCCUGCCCUUCUCCCCAGAGCCACCCACCUCCCCAGACCCAGCCCUAUGCCAGCCACCCACUGAGUCGCCUGAGACUUCGGACGUUUUCCUCCCCUCGGAGACCCCCAGCCCUGACCCUGAUGCCUUCUACCACGCUCUCUCCCCAUUUUGUACACCCUUUGACCUGGGCCUGGAACGGGCCAGCGUGGGGUCGUGCAACACCGGCGGCGGUGGCGGCAGUGGCAGCGGCACUCUUACUCCCGCCAGCCAGCCUGGCACCCCUUCCCCUCUGGAUGGGCCCCGGCCCUUCCCUGUGGCCCACGGCCGCCACAGCUCCAGUCUCUCCAACGUACUAGAGGACGGCAGCCUCCCGGAGCCCACCAUCAGUGGGGACGAUACCUCAAACACCAGCAACCCUCAGCAAACCUCCGAGGAGGAACUGUGCAACCUGCUCACCAAUGUGCUGUUCUCGGUGACGUGGCGUGGCGUGGAAGGCAGCGACGAGGCCGCGUGGCGGGAGCGCGGCCAGGUCUUCUCAGUGCUCACCCAGCUGGGGGCCUCAGCCACGCUCGUGCGGCCGCCCGACUGCAUCAAGCGCAGCCUUCUGGAGAUGAUGCUGGAGUCAGCCCUGACCGACAUCAAGGAGGCCCCCGUGGGGGUCCUGGCCAGCCUCACCCAGCAGGCGCUCUGGCUGCUACGCCUGCUGCAGGACUUCCUGUGUGCGGAGGGCCACGGGAACCAGGAGCUGUGGAGUGAGAAGCUCUUCGAGGGCGUGUGCAGUCUGCUGGAUCGCCUGGGGGCCUGGCCGCACCUGGCCAACAGCACGGCGGAUCUCCGAGAGAUGGCCCAGAUUGGCCUGCGCCUAGUGCUUGGCUACAUCCUGCUGGAGGACCCGCAGCUGCAUGCCCAGGCCUACGUGAAGCUGCACUGGCUGCUGCAGACAGCGGCGGUGCCCAUGCGGCGGGAGGAGGCCUGCUAUGUGCUCUCCAAGCUGGAGGCGGCACUGGCACGGGCUUUGAACACCUCCCCGUCAAAAACGACCACCGAGGACACGGAGCCCACAGGGGCAGCGGCCGCAGCAACGGAACGCUGCUCGUGGCUGGUGCCCCUGGUGCGCACGCUGCUGGAUCGGGCCUACGGGCUGCUGGGCCUCCAGUGGGGACUGCCUUCCUUGCCGCCGACCAACGGCAGCCCCACCUUCUUCGAGGACUUCCAGGCCUUCUGUGCCACACCUGAAUGGCGUCACUUCAUCGACAAGCAGGUGCAGCCCACCAUGUCGCAGUUCGAAAUGGACACUUAUGCAAAGAGCCACGACCUCAUGUCGGGCUUCUGGAACGCCUGCUAUGACAUGCUCAUGAGUAGUGGACAGCGGCGCCAGCGGGAGCGGGCACACAGCCGGCGGGCUUUCCAGGACCUGGUGCUGGAACCUGCGCAGAGGCGGGGACGCCUGGAAGGGCUGCGCUAUGCAGCGGCACUGAAGCAGCAGUCCACGCAACACUCCACCGCUCUGCUGCACUGGGGGGCCCUGUGGCGGCAGCUCUCCAGCCCCUGUGGGGCCUGGGCCCUGAGGGACCCACCUGUUCCACGCUGGAAGCUGUCCAGUGCCGAGACAUACUCGCGCAUGCGUCUGAAGCUAGUGCCCAACCAUCACUUCAACCCUCAUCUGGAAGCGAGCGCUCUGCGCGACAACCUGGGUGAGGCCCCCCUGACCCCGACGGAGGAGGCCUCGCUGCCUCUAGCGGUGACCAAGGAGGCCAAAGUCAGUGCCCUCCCCGAGGAGCUGCAGGAAGACCAGUUGGGGGAAGAUGAGCUGGCUGCGCUGGAGAAAGCGAUGCAGGCGGCGGAACUGGACGAGCAGCAUGAGAAGCUGGUGCUUUCCGCGGAGUGCCAGCUGGUCACAGUGGUGGCCGUGAUCCCAGGGCUGCUGGAGAUCACUACCCAGCACGUGUACUUCUAUGAUGGCAGCGCUGAGCGUGUGGAAACAGAGGAGGGCAUUGGCCACGACUUCCGGCGCCCGCUCACCCAGCUGCGUGAGGUCCACCUGCGGCGUUUCAACCUGCGCCGCUCAGCACUUGAGCUCUUCUUCAUUGAUCAGGCGAACUACUUCCUCAACUUCCCCUGCAAGGUACGGAACCAGGCAUACUCGUUGCUCCUGCGCCUCCGACCCCCGAGCCAAGGCUACCUAAGCAGCCGCUCCCCACAAGAGAUGCUGCGUGCCUCGGGCCUCAUCCAGAAAUGGGUCCAGCGUGAGAUCUCCAACUUCGAGUACUUGAUGCAACUCAACACCAUUGCAGGGCGAACCUACAAUGACCUGUCCCAGUAUCCUGUGUUCCCCUGGGUCCUGCAGGACUACGUGUCUCCAACUUUGGACCUCAGCAACCCAGCCGUCUUCCGGGACCUGUCCAAGCCCAUCGGUGUGGUGAACCCCAAGCAUGCCCAGCUCGUGAGGGAGAAGUACGAGAGCUUCGAGGACCCGGCGGGCACCAUCGACAAGUUCCACUACGGCACCCACUAUUCCAACGCCGCAGGCGUGAUGCACUACCUCAUCCGUGUGGAACCCUUCACCUCCCUGCACGUCCAGCUGCAGAGUGGCCGCUUUGACUGCUCCGACCGGCAGUUCCACUCAGUGGCGGCAGCCUGGCAGGCCCGCCUGGAGAGCCCUGCCGAUGUGAAGGAGCUCAUCCCGGAGUUCUUCUACUUCCCUGACUUCCUGGAGAACCAGAACGGCUUCGACCUGGGCUGCCUCCAGCUGACCAACGAGAAGGUGGGCGACGUGGUGCUGCCGCCGUGGGCCAGCUCCCCCGAGGACUUCAUCCAGCAGCACCGCCAGGCCCUGGAGUCUGAGUACGUGUCUGCCCACCUGCAUGAGUGGAUUGACCUCAUCUUUGGCUACAAGCAGCGGGGACCGGCCGCGGAGGAGGCCCUCAACGUCUUCUAUUACUGCACCUACGAGGGGGCCGUGGACCUGGACCACGUGGUGGAUGAGCGGGAACGGAAGGCUCUGGAGGGCAUCAUCAGUAAUUUCGGGCAGACUCCUUGUCAGCUGCUGAAGGAGCCACAUCCCGCUCGGCUCUCCGCCGGGGAAGCAGCCCAGCGCCUUGCACGUCUGGACACUAACUCACCUAGCAUCUUCCAGCACCUGGACCAGCUCAAGGCCUUCUUUGCGGAGGUCAUCAGUGAUGGCGUGCCCCUGGUGCUGGCCCUAGUCCCCCACCGGCAGUCCCACUCCUUCACCAUCCAGGGCUCCUCAGACCUGUUGGUGACCGUGAGCGCCAGUGGGCUGCUGGGCAUCCACAGCUGGCUGCCCUAUGACCGGAACAUAAACAACUACUUCAGCUUCAGCAAAGACGCCACCAUAGGCAAUCCCAAGAUGCAACGACUGCUGAGCGGUCCGUGGGUGCCAGACCGUGGUGUGGAUGGGCAAGCUCUGGCAGUGGCCCCCGAUGGAAAGCUGCUGUUCAGUGGUGGCCACUGGGACGGCAGCCUGCGAGUGACCGCACUACCGAGGGGCAAGCUGCUGAAACAGCUCCACUGCCACCUGGAUGUAGUGACCUGCCUCGCACUGGACACCUGUGGCAUCUACCUCAUCUCAGGCUCCCGGGACACCACAUGCAUGGUGUGGCGGCUCCUGCAGGAGGGUGGUUUCUCGGUGGGACUGGCAUCAAAGCCUGUGCAGGUCCUCUACGGGCAUGAGGCUGCUGUGAGCUGUGUGGCCAUCAGUACCGAACUCGACAUGGCUGUUUCUGGAUCUGAGGAUGGAAUUGUGAUCAUCCACACCGUACGUCGUGGCCAGUUUGUGGCAGCGCUGCGGCCCCCAGGGGCCAUGUUGCCUGGACCUGUGUCCCAUCUGGUGCUGGGGUCUGAGGGCCAGAUUGUGGUACAGAGCUCAGCGUGGGAGCGUGUAGGGGCUCAGGUCACCUACUCCUUGCACCUGUACUCCGUGAAUGGGAAGUUACGGGCUUCAUUGCCCCUGGUCGAGCAGCCCACAGCCCUGGCAGUGACAGAGGACUUUGUUCUGCUGGGCACAGCCCAGUGCGCCCUGCACAUCCUUCACCUGAACAAGCUGCUCCCGGCUGCUCCUCCCCUACUCAUGAAGGUGCCUAUCCGCAGCGUGGCUGUGACCAAGGAGUGCAGCCACGUGCUCGUGGGCCUUGAGGACGGCAAGCUUAUUGUGGUGGGCGCUGGGCAGCCCUCUGAGGCGCGCAGCAGCCAGUUCGCGCGGAAGCUGUGGCGGUCCUCCAGGCGCAUCUCACAGGUGUCCUCAGGGGAGACGGAGUACAACCCAGGAGAGGCGCGCUGACAGCCGCCCCGCCCCACCGCGCAGGCUCCGCCCCCAGCAGCCUCCGCCCGUGGAGGCCCCGCCCAGGAGUCGGCGGGAAUCCGGAGGAGGAGACCACGCCGCGGCCCUCGGCCCGGCUCCGGGGGUGGGCGGGACCCCACCCCCGCCCAACUCAGGGAUUGGUGGGCGGUUCACUCCAGGAAGUCCCGCCCCUCGCCGGCAGAGGGGCCGCCAGGAGUGUGGCACUGGCCUCCGCGGCCGCACAGCACUUUUUUGCACAGUGUGGGGAGGGAGCCCAGGCUCCCAAACCCCGCGUCCCCGUGGAGCAGGGGCCGGGCUGUGGCCUUAAUCUCUAAAAGCGGCCCCCCGCGCUCCCGCUCUCGGCAAUAAACCUGGCCUACUUUUGUA